CGAACCAUAUUCACGACCAGGACCGAUAUGUGGUCCCUCGGCGUCCUGACCUACGUGCUGCUGACGGGCUUCCUUCCCUUCGGCGGGGAGACGGACCAGGAGACCUUCCUCGAGAUCUCGCUGGGGGAACUCGACUUCCCCGAGGAGCUGUUCGAGGACGUGUCCGCCGAGGCCAUCGACUUCAUCAAGAAGCUCCUCAUCCGGAAACCCCACUUGAGGAUGAGCGCCAAGGAGUGCCUGGAGCACCCGUGGAUGAAGGCCGACCUCAGCAAGGCCAAGAUCCCGCCGCAGCCGCCGCGAAAGCUCUCCAGCUCGACGUCCCCCUUGACGACGUCGACGCCCGUGGCGAGUCCCCAGCCUCGCUCCGCCGUUCCCAGCACGAGCUCCACGCCCACCAAUCAGACUCUCAUCUCCGCCCUCUCUGACAUCGUCACCUCCGACGCCCGCGAUCUCUUCAACAGAUCUCAUGGUUCUCACAGUAACACGCCGGUCGUCCACACGCCCGCCAACGCCACGCCCACCGUUCUCACCCCUAACAAUACCACGCCCACCGUUCUCACGCCCAUGAGUUCCUCUCCCCGGGAUAUAGGCUUGCCGCCCAUUCACCCUCUCAGCGGCCAGCGGUCCUCGGCUGUCAAUUCCACCUACUCCUCCACGAAUUCCCUGUACCGCGGGGGGUCGCGGCAGUCGCUGGACCGUGCGAGGAGUCUCUCGAAGUCGCGCGAAGUUCUCUUCGAGAGGAUGCAGAUGUCCAACCAGAAAAAGACGCUUUCUAAGUCUCGGGAACGCCUCUACGACGGCCGCCUGAGCCUGUCGCGGUCGAGGGAAGAUAUCUGGUCCUACAAGUCAUUCUCACACUCCGAGGAAUCCCUGUCGAUGUUCAGUUGGUUGAACCAGGAUGACUCCAUCUACAAAAGCUGCAACAACGUGUUUCUUCCGAUGCUGCCAAUGCUGGAGGAAAACGGUAUGUCGGGACGCCUCUACAAGAGCCUAGCAUCCAUCGACAAGAUCGACGAGGUUGGAACCGAAUCCAAUGCGGGUAACGACAGACAAGGCAUUUUUGACUCUCGGUUUUCCAUCAACGACGAGGACUAUAACAAUCUCAUCACCAGGUACAACACCGCAGUAAACAGCCAUCGGGAGAGCCCGCCCCGAGGCCGGUCGAUGGAGGAGCGGCCGAGGAGAACGCAGGCAGAGGGAUGGCAUCGGGAGUGCUGCCAGGGAGAGCGCGGCGGCGCGAGUGUCUGUGAUAGGCGAUGUUCGCGCUCGAGCCGUCAGCAGGAGCCUCAGAUAACUCCAAAGAUCCCGAAGACGAACCGGGGAGAACGAGUGAAGCGAGACCGACACAACAGACGCAAAGGGAAGAAAGAAAAGGAAAAGCAACGAACAGAAAAGGAAAAACAGAGAACGGAAAAGGAAAAACAUCCAUGUGAAAAGGAUAAACAGCGUAUGGAGAGGACAACCAGAGGGAUGCAUGCUGUAGAACAUGAAACUUCAAAAUCCACGGAAAGAGCUUCUGCUUCAGCUAGAGCGCCAUCGCCAGGGAAGAGGCGAGGCUCCGUUUCUCACAUAGAACAAAGAAUACAGGAGAGACACGAACGACAGCAAGAACGACUUGAGAGACAAGAACAAAAGGAAAAGCUAGAACGUCGAGGUUCUGGAAAGAUUGGGACACCCACCACAAAGAGACGAAAUUCCGCGGAGGAAAAGAAGCCUCAAGGUGAAAAGAACAGAAAAAAUAAAACUUGUGAAUCGACCAAAAGCAACGACACUAACGUCUGCAACAGACUAAGAAGCACAUCACCAUCUAAGAAACCAAAAGUCAACAAAAGCAAGUCCAUAAGCAGCGAUGGAUCUCCCGCUUCGUCGCUAGAAAGUGUAAAAGAGUUGGAUCUCAAGAGAACGACGCCCAGAAGCAGCGCAUUCAGAGAACCCAAGAAGUCUCCGAGAGGGUCGACGUCGGGUGGAGCAAGCAGUGCACCGGAGCCGAGAGAAAGGCGAGCGGAGAUGGACGAAGCUUACGUUUCCUUGGAAGAACCUGUUGAUGACGGAAUCUUCAGCAGGAGCGAGAGCAUGGACAGCUCCAACACUGUAGAAUCUGAUCACACUGUCCAUGCUACCGAUACGUCUUCAGACACUUUAGACUUGACAGUAACGGCUUAUAGUGUCAGUGAAUAUGAACUGAACCAAGAAUGUGAUAUUUCCGAUGUUUUUCCAAGCUUAGAUGAGAACGAAGUAGAUAAAACGGUCGAGGAAAAGGCGGAGGACCAAAAGAGCACGAUAACCAGCGUAAAGGCGUCGUCCUCGGAGAGCAUGGCGGAGCUCACAGCGAUCCACGAAGAGGAGGAAGACGAGAAAAGUGUAUUCACAAGGUCCGUGUCUACAAGCAGUGACAUCGGCAGCAUGCUUAGUGAGAGCAGCGAGGUUGAAAAGGAUGAUUCGUCGACCAAGAACCAAGACAGCGACGCCUCAGCCGCCUUGUCGUGGCGGCAGCGCGGGAGGUCCAUGAGCAUGCAGCCCUGCGAUCCCCCGCCUUUCUCACACCUCCAUCUGUGUAGGUCCAACUCCUUCAACCUCGUGAUGCCCAUCGGGGGGUUCGUGGCUACGCCCUGGGGGGAUGUGUGCGAUGGAGCAAUAAGACGAGCACUUGAAAUGUUCAAACUGAAUUCCUCAGACCUCACUUCGUCAGGCAGGAACAUGCAGGAAAGACGGUCAUCUCUUCAUAGUCAGUAAGGUUUUUUGCCAUUCACUUUUUUGGUAAGGCAAUACUGUGUUUACAUCCAGUCCAAUGUUGGUGGCACGUUUAAGCAUGCAUGGAUGCACUGCAUUAGUUGAUCACUAUACUGUGAGUGUAUUCUUUGAGCACAUGUGUUCUGAAUAAGUAAUUAGUGAGAAUGCCUUUCCCUCCUCGUGUAUAUUCCUGAUCAGUUGAUAAAUUAAUAAAGUAUCAGUGAUCUUAAAUGAGGCUAUAAUCAAUAUACCGAUAAAACAAUAGACUGUUUAUGGUUAUGUGUAUAUUUGCAAGGCUAGGUUAGCUUGUUCACUAGCAACCAUCGUUCAUAUAUGUGUGAUGCAAGUGAUGUACUGUAAAUGAUGCAACAAUUGGCAGCAGCGGUUCUUGAGGAGCCCGAGUGAACAGUGGGGCGCAACCUUGAGGCAAGAAGGCAACCUGUCUGUAUAAAAUUAUGUAUUGUGUUUAUAAAGCUUGUGAAUAGUUACUCCCCCGACUAGCACUAGAAUGAAAGUGCCUGGAAUAUGGUAAACAGCUUUAAGCUAUGUAAAUAAAAUACUCCUGAAAUAGUGUAUAAGGAUAUUGGGUGUUGGUGAAGGUGUCCUCACUUCUUAACAUGUUAUUUUUUCGAGACCAGUUGUUUGUAACCCGGAUAUUUUUUUCAGAUGUUACAUUUCCUUUUUUCUAUGGAGCAUUUACAGCUUUAAACUCACUUAUACCUUGGCUUAGUAAUGAUUGGCAUAACAGCUUUGUAUGUAAAAUAUAAUGGGUGUCCAGUGAUCAACCCUUUGAGCCCUCAGUGACGUAGAUCAGUAAUGGCAGGGACCCUAUAUGUGACGUCACAUCCGAUCCCUGUCAAAGUUACAACUAUGUCAUGAGAAUCAAAGCUCAGACCCGUUAGUGGCGUCGUAAAUGUCAAUAAUUAACGGUAGCAUAUGUGUUACGUGUGCAUGUUACCAUAGUUAAAGCUCAAGACCGUGGUUAGUUAUAUGAUGACUAUGCUGUAAACGAAGUUGUAAAUAUGGAUAUUUCACCAGAUAGCGUUUAUGACGUCAUGGGAGGCCAGAGCUCAAGGGUAACAUCAAAGGUAUCUAUCACAGAGGCUACAGUCCGCUCGUAAUGCCAUCGAGGCUAAGGAAUACACACAUAAUAUGGCAUUACAGCGGCAUAGCUACUCAGCUCGGGUGACGCGGCAUAAUAGCACGGAGGCCUAAGGCUCGACGUACCUCGGGGUUUAAGGGAAUGAUGUUGGAAUAACUUUUGUCGAUGUCCCUCGACGCAACAGAAUGGACUCUUGCUUUUCGGUCGAUCAUGCAUAUAAACGUCGACCUCGUUGUUCCUGACUUUUCCACAACUGUUCUGUUAGUUGUUCUGUCUCAGGUUUCAUUCAUCAGAUGUAUAUUUUUUAUAUGAUGGACAUGAUUAUUUAUACAUCAAAACCCUCCCCCCACCCGAAAAGUGAGACCGACAAUGAAACCCGGAGAUACGGUCCCAGCCAGGCCGCAACACGUACUUAACAAGGCAUAACUAGGCUGAACUGAUUGAAGUCCUGCUAGUCAGUGUACCAUUAGCUUCACAGGCAUCGUAGCGAAGUGAAGCCAACCUGAGCACAGGUAGGAGAACUACGACUGGUGACUCUUAAAGGCUCCUCUUACUCUGGAGAAAGUAAUUUCUCAUAAUAAGAGAAGCUUGAUUAAAUGUCCCAUCAGCUGUUAAAGAGGGUUUACGUGAAUGGGUUUGUGGUCGUCACUUACACGCACUCCCUGAAUGCACGUGUGUACGUCAGUGCAUAUGAGCAAUGGCAGACAGAGAAACUUACACAUACGCCAGUACUUUUACACACACACACAUUAUUGGCCGCUCAGUGUUCAUAGCCCUCACCCCCCCUCCUCUCUAGCCCCCUCCCCUUCCCCUAC